GGGCUGUCGCAAAGUCCUCAGGGGCGGUCAAAAUAACAAUGGUUGAUGUCGAUCAACACCGACUAAAUUUUGCCAAGAAUUAUGUUGCCGAUGAAAUUAUUUUAGCGGCCAAGGUAAUUGGAGAAGGUACCAUUGAGUAUUCUGAAAGAUUUUCGAAAAGCAUUAUAAGAGAAUUUGGCAUCGAACAAGCUGAUGUUGUGCUCGAGUGUUCCGGUGUCGAAUGUUCAACACAAACUGGUAUCUAUAUGACAAAGCCGGGGGGAACCUUUGUUCAGAUAGGAAUGGGCUCGGAAAACGUAACCUUACAAUUAUCAGACAUUGCAAUUCGCGAGAUUACGAUCAAAGGGUCGUUUAGAUACUGCAACACGUACAAGAAAGCUGUCGAAAUG